UUUUAUGUUAAUAAAAGGAAUAUAUAUACUGUGAAAAAGACAAGUUUGUGUAAGGGAUCGCAUAUAAUCUCAACUAAUACAAUAAACAAAGAUAUAGCCGUUGGCAUUAAUCAGCUUUGGCUAGACCAACCAGAAGAUCAGAAUCUUGAGAAGAUGGAGAAGAAUCAAUCUGAUGAUGAUGGAACGGCUCUGAUCUUUCUUGGAACAGGCUGCUCCGGUGCAGUUCCCGAUUUCAGAUGCUUACUCCAGCCGUCAGAUCCUCCUUGCCAUGUCUGUUCUCAGUCCCUCUCUUUACUUCCUCACCUUAACCCUAACUACAGAUGCAAUACAUCGCUCUUGAUUGAUUAUUGCAGCAAGGAAGAAGAUGGUAGACAUAAGUACAUACUUAUUGAUGUUGGCAAGAGUUUUAGAGAGCAAGUCCUUCGUUGGUUUACCUUUUAUAAGAUUCCUCGAGUCGAUUCCAUCAUUCUAACUCAUGAGCACGCAGAUGCGGUUCAUGGCUUAGAUGAAAUUCGAUCUCUUCAACCUCGUGGUGCAACUAUUGUUGAUACCGAUCCACUUCCCGUCUUUCUAUCUCAAUUUACAAUGGAGAGUAUUGCUACAAGGUUUCCUUAUUUGGUUGAAAAGAAGGUAAAAGAAGUACCUAGACGAGUUUCACUUCUUGACUGGAAAAACAUCGAAGAGAAUUGUGACGAACCAUUCGCUGCCUCGGGCUUAUCUUUCACGCCUCUUCCGGUGAUGCAUGGAGAGGACUACAUUGCUUUAGGUUUCCUCUUCGGCGAUAAAAGUAAAGUGGCUUAUAUAUCAGACGUAUCACGGAUUCCACCGAGUACCGAGUAUGCUAUUUCCAAAGCUGGGGCUGGACAGUUAGAUCUUCUUAUCCUGGAUACAAAUAUACCGUGGAAGGUUCACAUCAUCUCAUAACUUUUGUUUACCGCUUUUUCGAUCUUGAUAACCUUUCUUGCUGACCAUCUCUUUGAUAAUAGAGAGGACCACAUCCCACACACAUCUGUUUUACAGAGGCUCUUGAGAUCUUAAAGAGGCUAUGUCCAAAGAGAGCGCUUUUAACGGGUAUGACACACGAGUUUGAUCACCAUGAAUACAAUGAGAUACUUGCAGAAUGGUCUCUAAGGGAAGGAAUCCAUGUACAGCUUGCUCAUGACGGAUUACGGCUUCCAAUAGACCUAUGAGCAAAUUACUAAAGACAAAUCUUAGAAUUCUUGUUACCUAUCAAGAAUACAAAUGACAAAAAUUUCCAAAAUUAUAUGAGUAGAAUCUAUAUUUUGAUACAGUAAUGAAAAUCUCUGUUUCUUUACUUGUUCUGGGAAUGAUUCAAAAUCUUUAAACCAAGCCCUUGAAACAACUUCUCUAAAUUUGAAAUCUCAUUCUCAAUAUUCACUUCAUCUUCUCUUGUGAUCUUUUCAUGCAACUUGGUUAGUCUCUGAGUCCCAACAUUCACUCCUUCUGCAUAAUCUCUAAGCGCUCGUCUCAUUGAUCCAUUUUCGUCUUGAACAUCUUUGUAUUUCCUUUUCAGAGAUCGGUAUCCGUCAAUAGAUUUGAGUAGCUGUUCAGACAACUCUUUGUUUCUUCCCUGUAGAGGCACAUUGUUGUCUCCUGGACCUGGACCAUCAAUAUCUUCUUUCUUCUCCUUAUUAUGCUCUACCGCGCAAUUCUGCACUUUCUUAAGUAAUUUCUCAUUUUGAGCCCUAAAAUCACUUACAAGCUCCUCCAUUUCGUUUAAUUCGUGAGCUUUCCUCGAAAGCUCCAAA